UGACAGGGGCUACGGGAAAGUUGUCACAGGGGUUUUAGACAAAAGUCCAACUGCACAAAUAUUUGUUUUCUCUAGCAGUGUCUAUGUAUGUUGGUUUUAAUCAACUAUUUUAAUCAACUUAUAAUACAUUUUAUUUUAAAAUCUUUUUUAUUACACUUUCAAUUCUGAGUGCUGUGGAGUUGGAAUGACAUGGAGGGUCACUCUGAAGUCAUUUUUACACACAAGUGCACGAGCAAAACAAACGCAUCUAUGGCUUCACCUCUGAAAGCAGGCUUUCAAAGACUAGAAAUCCAGAAAACUAUAUGGGAUGUUCCAGACCUAUACACGUCACUCAAGCCGGUGGGCUCUGGAGCCUAUGGGACAGUAUGUUCUGCAAUAGACCAGAAGACUAUGGAAAAAGUUGCCAUUAAGAAACUAUACAGACCAUUCCAGUCUCUGAUUCACGCUAAACGUGCCUAUAGAGAACUCAGACUGCUGCGGCACAUCCAACAUGACAAUGUGAUCUGCCUUCUCAAUGUCUUCACCCCUGAUUCCUCGCCGGAGAAAUUUGACACUUUCUAUAUGGUCAUGCCAUUUGUAGCUCGGGAUCUUGGUCAUAUCAUGAAGAGGAAACAGUUAACCAGUAAAGUCAUCACAUACCUGUUCUAUCAGAUUCUCAGAGGACUCAAGUAUAUCCAUUCAGCUGGGAUCAUUCAUCGGGAUCUUAAGCCUAAUAACCUUGCUGUGGAUGAAAACUGUGAAUUGAAGAUCCUGGACUUUGGACUGGCAAGACACACAGAAACAGAGAUGACAGGUUACGUGGUGACACGCUGGUACAGAGCCCCCGAGGUCAUCUUGAACUGGAUGCAUUACACUCAGACAGUUGAUGUUUGGUCUGCUGGCUGUAUCCUGGCUGAGAUGAUAACAGGAGUGGUGCUUUUCCCCGGCAAUGACAGUAUGGAUCAGCUCAAGAAGAUCCUCAGCCUGACAGGGACACCGAGCUCAACGCUUGUUCAGAAGAUGCAAAGCAAAGAUGCCCAGUCAUACAUCAGGUCACUCCCAGUCCAGAGGAAAAAAGCCUUCAAAGAUGUCUUUCCAGCUAUGGAUCCUGAUGCCCUUGAUCUGUUAGAAGACAUGCUGAUUUUGGACCCGGAGGUCAGACUUACUGCAAAAGACGCACUGUCACAGCGGUAUCUGUCUGAGUUCCAUGACCCUGAAAAUGAGCCCAUCUCACCACCAUAUGACGAUUCUUUUGAGAGUCUAGAACUGGCCGUCAGCGAAUGGAAGAGUCUAAUCCAUAUGGAGAUUAUGACAUUCGACCCAGACAACCCCAGAGUGACGGCAACAUAAUAUUUAAACAGAUCUGAAGAGCAACCAACACUCCAAAGAAUAACAGACAGUGUUUAUUGCUUUAUUUUUAGCAAUAACUGUCUAUAAAACCAGAGCCGUAAUAACUGUUAAGAAUACUGCUUGAUUGUUAUUCGAUGGGUGAUUCUUAACUAUUACAUUUCAUGUGUACUCAAAAGUAAGCUGUCUUUAAACCCCAAUGGUUAGUUACUUGUAUUCAUUUAGCAGAUGCUUUUUAACAAAGUUGCUUACAAAUGAGAGAACGUUCAUCAAUGUCUUAAAAGCCAACCAUGAGUAUAGUACAAAAAACUAUGGGGAGUUUUUUUUAGAAAUAAGUGAAAUGAUGGAAAGUUAAGGGUUCAUUUUUUUCCUUACUUGUAGAUGUAUCCAUUUUUACACCUUUAAAGUAUUUUAGGACAGUGUAAUACUCUAACAAAAUAAAUGUUAUUUUUGUGUGUGCA